UCGGCCCACAGCGCCCGGAGCGGGGGCGGGGACUUUUUUUUCUCCUCCUCUACGGUCUAGCAGGGUUUGGAUCCUCCCAGUCCUGUUCCAGGCCGUGCCUCUGUCUCCUAAAGAGGCUCUGAACUUGACCCCUUCUCUUCAUAUCCGGAUCCGGGCUCCUCCCCCAGGACCGCCCAUCCGCCUUUCUCUCGGAAUAUUUUGGGAUCUAACCCGCUCCCUCUAAUUCUGGCCCCUAAUAACUCACGGAGACCCUUAAACAAUGGGCUGACGCCUAUUCUUUUGCCAGCGAUCCCGGCCACCUCCCCCUACGGUAACGGAGAAAUAAUUUCUCUGCUGGAAUUGUAGAUUAGGCUCUUUUCCCCCUUCCAGCGCCUCUGCUUCCAGUACCCCAGUUUAUCCUCAUUUUGUAAUUACGUGGGUCUGGGGCUCUGAGCCCCAAGGCACUUCAGAACCGAGUCCUCGCUUUCCUCCUUACAGCCUGGCUUCUCCGUUGAACUCUCCCCCCGCCCUCUAUCUGCACGUCCCCAGCCUGGGAAAAGAUGGCCCCACAACCCCCAAGGGGCCUGGUCCCAUCUCUGCUCUGGUGCUUGAGCCUGUUUCUGAGCCUCCCAGGACCCGUCUGGCUCCAACCCUCUCCUCCCCAUUCUUCUCCCCGAGCUGAGCCCCAUCCUUGUCACACCUGCCGAGCACUGGUGGACAGCUUCAACAAGGGCCUGGAGAGAACUAUCCGUGACAACUUCGGUGGUGGAAACACCGCCUGGGAGGAAGAGAAGUUGUCCAAAUACAAAGACAGUGAGACCCGCCUGGUGGAGGUGCUGGAGGGCGUGUGCAGCAAGUCAGACUUCGAGUGCCACCGCCUGCUCGAGCUGAGUGAGGAACUGGUGGAGGCCUGGUGGUUUCACAGGCAGCGAGAAGCCCCGGACCUCUUCCAGUGGCUCUGUUCUGAUUCCCUGAAGCUCUGCUGCCCCUCUGGCACCUUUGGCCCCUCCUGCCUGCCAUGUCCUGGGGGCACAGAGAGGCCCUGCGGUGGCUACGGGCAGUGUGAAGGGGAAGGGACUCGAGGGGGCAGCGGGCACUGUGACUGCCAGCCCGGCUAUGGGGGCGAGGCCUGUGGCCAGUGUGGCCUUGGCUAUUUUGAGGCGGCGCGCAACAGCACCCAUCUGGUAUGUUCGGCGUGCUUUGGUCCUUGUGCCCGCUGCACAGGACCUGAGGAAUCCCACUGUCUGCAGUGCAAGAAAGGCUGGGCCCUGCAUCACCUCAAGUGUGUAGACAUCGACGAGUGUGGUACAGAGCAAGCCACCUGCGGGGCCGACCAGUUCUGUGUGAACACGGAAGGAUCCUACGAGUGCCGAGAUUGUGCAAAGGCCUGCCUGGGCUGUAUGGGAGCAGGGCCAGGGCGCUGCAAAAAAUGCAGCCGUGGCUACCAGCAGGUGGGCUCCAAGUGCCUAGACGUGGAUGAGUGUGAGACAGUGGUGUGUCCAGGAGAGAACGAGCAGUGUGAAAACACGGAGGGUAGCUACCGCUGUGUCUGUGCUGAAGGCUACAGACAGGAGGAUGGCGUCUGCGUGAAGGAGCAGGUCCCAGAGUCUGCAGGCUUCUUCGCGGAGAUGACGGAGGAUGAAAUGGUGGUCCUGCAGCAGAUGUUCUUUGGUGUGAUCAUCUGUGCACUGGCCACGCUUGCUGCUAAGGGUGACUUGGUGUUCACUGCCAUCUUCAUUGGAGCUGUGGCAGCCAUGACGGGGUACUGGCUGUCAGAGCGGAGUGACCGUGUGCUGGAGGGCUUCAUCAAGGGUAGAUAAUCCCUGCCACCACUUAACAGGAUUUCCUCCCACCCAGGCUGCCCCUAGAGGUUAUUUCUUUCUCCCGAUGGAUACCUGGGGCAGCAUGGUUUCUCUUUGAGACUGGGGUCAACACCCUUUAACCUGCCUUACUGAGCAGCCCAGGACCCCAGUGGUGAAACAGGGCCUGAAGCUGAUGCCACGAGAUCCUUGCCUAGGAGACUGGCAGGCCUCACCGUGUUAAUUCCAAGAGUCUCU